CCAUUAAAGAGCGAGUGAGUCACCUCAAAAGAAUUUACGGAGUGAACAAGAGGGGAGAACCAGGCGAAGCAUGAAAAUCUGCUCCUCGGAGAAAAUUGCUAGUAGUACCCCACAACCACCAUCACCACCAUCACCACCACCACCACCACCACCGCCGCCACCGCAACAACAAUUGCUCCGACGACGUCGUUUCCUCUCUCCACCACUUGAAUGAAUGGGCAAUUGCGGUACCAGAGAGGAAUCUGCUGUGGUUUCCAACGCUCAAGUUGUUCAGCAGCUUCACCAUGCGACGUCGUUGGGCGCGAGUGCGAGGAGCCAGAAUGCAGGUAGCGAGAAGAAGCACGGUCACGGUCACGGUCACAGGCACAAUCUGAGCGAGUGCGCUUCGGAUCUGAGCGAGUCCUGUUCCACACCGCACGGUAACAAUAGCAACAACACGCUGCUCUACACGCACGUGAUCGCCUUCACGCUCUACGAGUUGGAGACCAUAACGAAGAGCUUCCGCGGCGACUAUAUCCUCGGUGAGGGAGGCUUCGGCACCGUUUACAAAGGUUACAUUGAUGAGAACGUCAGAGUCGGACUCAAAUCGCUCCCUGUCGCUGUCAAAGUGUUAAACAAAGAGGGUUUACAAGGACAUCGAGAGUGGCUUACGGAGGUGAAUUUUCUAGGGCAGCUGAGGCAUCCUAAUCUGGUGAAGUUGAUUGGGUACUGCUGCGAAGAUGAUCACAGGCUGCUUGUGUAUGAGUUCAUGUUUCGAGGGAGUUUGGAAAAUCACUUGUUCCGAAAGGCAACUGUCCCUUUAUCAUGGGCUACAAGAAUGAUGAUUGCUCUUGGAGCAGCCAAAGGACUUGCCUUUCUCCACAAUGCUGAAAGGCCUGUAAUCUAUCGUGACUUCAAAACGUCUAAUAUAUUAUUGGACUCCGACUAUACAGCCAAACUUUCUGAUUUUGGACUAGCUAAAGCAGGACCACAAGGUGAUGAAACCCAUGUAUCCACCCGAGUGAUGGGUACAUAUGGUUAUGCUGCCCCUGAAUAUGUAAUGACUGGCCACCUGACGGCUAGGAGUGAUGUCUAUAGCUUUGGCGUUGUUCUUUUGGAACUUUUAACGGGGAGGAAAUCUGUUGACAAGACCAGACCUGGAAAGGAACAGAGCUUGGUAGAUUGGGCACGGCCGAAGCUCAAUGACAAGAGAAAGCUCCUUCAAAUAAUUGAUCCUAGAUUGGAGAAUCAAUACUCAGUGAGGGCAGCACAAAAAGCAUGUAGCUUGGCUUAUUACUGUUUGAGUCAAAAUCCCAAAGCAAGGCCACUAAUGAGUGAUGUGGUUGAGACAUUGGAGCCUUUGCAAAGUUCAAGUGUUGGUCCAGGUGAAGUCUCAUUAUCUGGAUCAAAUAGUGGGAGUGCUGGGCCUUUUGCUAUGAACAAAAUCUCUGACUACCGGAUGCGCCACAAGUUUUCAAACAACGUUGGUCCCGGUGCUACUUGUCGGUCUCCGAACCCGAAUUGCUCACCAGGUGGCCCAGCAACAUUACGGGUCAGAUGAUAAUCGCAUGCCAUGAAUCCAUGUCUGGUGUGCUUUAUCUCAAGAAAAUGGUGUUUGUUGUUAAAAUGUGGGUGCAUCCUUGUAUUUGUUUCUUUGUACAUGAUAUGAUAAUAUGGUGACAAGAAGCCCCGGUGGAUCAUUUUUGUAUCAAUUUUUGGUCUUCUGUUCAUCUGGGUGGGAAUUAGUGUGUGAAAAUCUGUGUACUUGUAAUCAUCGCGGCAUCAGAACUAAUAUAACGGGCUCCUCACAACAUCAGCAGUGCAAGAGUAAGACGACCCGAACACGCAAGUACCUAAUGAUGUAUUUUAUUUGAGAUUAUUAGGUAAAAUGAGGGUAAGAUAAGACAAUCUUAGUUAACAUUUCUCUGUCAAACCCGGUUAGAUUGUCUGCACGCUCGUGUCUUUUUGAAAUGACCUAUUGGUGUUUUAAAGAAAUAAAGAUGGAGGGUCAUUUUCAAGCUUUUUAAGGUUUUUGUAAGUUUCCUAGUUUGAAGUCUCGGUAGAUGCUCUCUUUUUGUAGUUGAUAGCAUGUGUAUACUAUAAUAAAUGAAGUGAGUGAGCUUUUUUAACCA